CCAUUGCAGGCCCAGCCAAUCUUUGGUCGUUGGUCCUAUUCCAAUGUCAGUUCCCCAGAUUACCUGCUUGUUACUUUCCCGUUUGUGCGACUGACCGAACCACUUCCCAGCUGUCAACCUGGCCUUCAUUUUUCAAUUCUAAAUCCUUCCCACCCAACUCAACAGCGAAGAUAGAUUAAUUAAAUAGUAAUUGGAAUUGAGAAGCUUGUUAGUAAAGUUGGAUUUGCAACAAGCUUUAGUUAGUGUAGUUCCUGGCUGUGAGUGAGAAAAGCAGAGAGAGAGAGAGAGAGAGAGAUGGUGGUGAGGAAGGUGGGGAAGUACGAAGUCGGGAGGACAAUUGGGGAGGGAACCUUCGCCAAGGUGAAGUUCGCUCAGAACACAGAGACUGGCGAGAGUGUCGCUAUGAAAGUGCUCGACCGUAGCACCAUCAUCAAGCACAAGAUGGUCGACCAGAUCAAGAAGGAGAUUUCUAUUAUGAAGCUAGUUCGGCAUCCAUACGUUGUUCGUCUGCAUGAGGUUCUAGCAAGUCGUACUAAGAUUUACAUCAUAUUGGAGUUCAUUACAGGUGGCGAAUUGUUUGAUAAAAUUGUACAACAAGGCCGUCUUAGUGAAACUGAAGCUAGAAGAUACUUCCAACAACUUAUUGAUGGUGUAGAUUAUUGCCACAGUAAGGGAGUCUAUCACAGAGAUUUAAAGCCUGAAAAUUUAUUGCUAGAUUCCCAAGGAAAUAUAAAGAUUUCAGAUUUUGGUUUGAGUGCAUUGCCAGAACAGGGGGUUAGUAUUCUUCGGACAACUUGUGGGACUCCAAAUUAUGUAGCUCCUGAGGUACUUAGCCACAAGGGUUACAAUGGAGCAGCAGCAGAUGUUUGGUCCUGUGGGGUUAUUCUCUAUGUUCUAAUUGCUGGAUAUCUUCCUUUUGAUGAGCUGGAUCUAAGUACCUUAUACAGUAAGAUUGAGAAUGCAGAGUUUUCGUGCCCUUCAUGGUUUCCUGUGGGAGCAAAAGCUUUAAUACAUAGAAUUUUGGACCCAAAUCCUGAAACUCGUAUAACCAUCGAACAGAUAAGAAGUGAUGAGUGGUUUCAGAAGAACUAUGUUCCUGUCAGUCUUCUCGAGUAUGAGGAUUUCAAUCUGGACGACAUAAAUGCAGCUUUUGAUGAUGCUGAGGAUCAAAGGGUCAAUCAACCGUGUGAGAAUGAAGUCGGGGGUCCAUUAAUGCUUAAUGCAUUUGACUUGAUAAUUCUAUCUCAAGGUUUAAAUCUUGCAACAAUCUUUGAUCGUGGACGGGAUUCCAUGAAGUACCAAACACGCUUUAUCUCUCAAAAGCCAGCGAAGGUUGUUUUAUCAAGCAUGGAAGUUGUGGCUCAAUCAAUGGGAUUCAAAACACAUAUUCGCAACUAUAAGAUGAGAGUAGAGGGUAUUGCAGCAAAUAAAACUUUUUUCUCUGUGAUCCUGGAAAUUUUUGAAGUUGCUCCGUCAUUCUUCAUGGUGGACAUUCAAAAAGCAGCUGGAGACGUAGGUGAAUACCUCAAGUUUUACAAGAACUUUUGUGGCAAUCUUGAUGAUAUCAUCUGGAAACCGCCUUAUGAAGAAAGCAAAUCGAGGAGCUCCAACAAUAAAAGUAGAAGGCGAUCCUUUCACUUCAUGUGAUAUCUUUUGCUCUCAUACACUUUGGAAAAGAGAAGGGGGAAAGUCUCGUUUGACAUAUAAAUAUUUGGGCCUUGUGAAGCCAGGUUAAAGCUCGCUUGCCUUUUUAACUCCACCGCUUUCCUUUUCUCUAACCCGCGCCCUGCUUUGCGAUGUCAUGUGGAAUAAUAUAAAGUCCAAAUUGCACACAGAAACAGGGAAGACAAGAAAAUACUAUACAUAAUCCACAUCAUUAUACCUUUGGUUUUUGUACAUCUAUUCAUGUCAGUUUUAGUUAUAACAUUAUCGUUUAUCGUGUAGUAUUUCAUACGUUAAUUGUCAAUUGAUAUGUUUGGAAGUUACCUUAGAUUCA